AUGAAUGAGUUGAUGAAUACUGAUCAACCUUGUGCACCUUCAUAUAUACAAAGCUGGUCUGAGAAGGAGAAGGAUGAUGUUGAGGAGAGUAAGAUGAAUACUGAUCAACCUCGUGCACUUACAGCACUUACAUAUAUUCUAAGCUGUUCUGAGAAAGAGAAGGAUGAUGUUGAGGAGAGUAAGAUGAAUACUGAUCAACCUUGUGCACCUUCAUAUAUACAAAGCUGGUCUGAGAAGGAGAAGGAUGAUGUUGAGGAGAGUAUGGUAACUGAUAAACUGCAGGACCAGUCAGAUUCAAGUCUCCAGGACUUUGAUUGGGGGACUAAGAAGAAGAGGAAGAAUAGGACGAAGAAAAUUUAUAAGUUUUUUGAAAGUGGCAAUGGCUGCAUUAUUCCUUACGCAGACCCCUACAGACCCCGGAUCCCUAAUCUUAUGUUGCCUCCAACCUACUGGGUCCCAAAUUCUAUGUUUUCUCCAAAUUACCGAGACCAGAAUGCUAUGUUCCCUCCAAACCACCAGUUCUCAAAUAACCAGAUUCAGAACAAUCCAUACUACCAGGUCCAGAAUCCUAUGGUCCCUCCAAACCACCAGUUUGCAAAUAACCAGAUUCAGAACAAUCCAUACUACCAGGUCCAGAAUCCUAUGGUCCCUCCAAACCACCAGUUGGCAAAUAACCAGAUUCAGAACAAUCCAAACUACCAGGUCCAGAAUCCUAUGAUCCCUCCAAACCACCAGUUGGCAAAUAACCAGAUUCAGAACAAUCCAAACUACCAGAUCCAGAAUCCUAUGGUCCCUCCAAACCACCAGUUCUCAAAUAACCAGAUUCAGAAUCAAUUGUUCUCCUCAAGCAACCAGAUUCAGUAUCCAAGUCCCUCAAAGAAUCAGGUAGAAAAUCAAUCUAAAGAAGUAAAACCUGGACAGGAAUACUGUGGUUUCUGUAAAAAAUUUCUCUUCAAGCUUCCGAGACACAUGAGAAAUAAACAUAUGGACAAUGUCAAUGUUAAAAACUGCAUGGAUAUGGAAAAAACUCAACCAAUACUAUUCCAGCAAGAAUGGCUCAAUAUCAAGGCCAUGAUGUCCAAGGAUGUGAUCGAACUGACACCCUCGUACUGCAGAUGUGAAUGUGGAUUAGUUAUCAAAAUUACAUCUCUUCCUGUUCACCUGAGACAAAAUUGCAAGAAGGGCAAAAGCAACACGAAAACUGAAGUUAAAGAAAGAAAAAGGAAAAUAAUAGCUGCGUCAAGACCAACACAUCUCCCACCUUUGUUUCUUGACAUAUCCGGAAAAAUGAGGAAAGAUGAAAUAUAUGAGAAAGGUGUACAAGACCCGAUCAUUGUCAACUAUAUCUGUGCCUAUGUUAAAUCACAAGUUGAUCGCCCUGGAAGCUACAAAGAAGCUGCUGAGAAGUUUCGAAUGAUGUCAAAAGUCUUGGUUGCUGUCUCAAAAGAGGCGAAAAAAAAUGUAACUUGCGAGAUGCUUUGCAACACUGAGAAAUUCUACCAGAUACUUCAAGAUCUUGGAAGUGGAGAUAUCAAAACCUCUGUCUUUAAUCAUCUUAGUAGUUUCAAGAAAUAUCCCCAAGCCAUCAACUCGAUUGCAAGAGCUGUACUGAAAACCUAUGAGGAGACAGGCAGAUCCGACAAAGACAAGAAAACUGUGGAAAGGUUUAUCAACCAUCUGAAAUUUCAUUGGAAUACGGAUGUGAAGAAGAGAUUGGUGCAGAUAAGAAAACGUGGACAGUUCAACAAAGGGCUAGGACUGCCAUCAAAAUCCCUAAUGACUGAGUCUGCCAGGGCACUGCGAAGUAUGGUAGAGAAGUCUCUUGAAGACUAUAAAAGAAACCCUACAAUAGAAAAUCAUAUCAAACUGACGUCCAGUCUUCAGCAGUACAUAACCAUCCAGUCAGUCAAGAGGGGUGGUGAAGUAGCCAAACUCACUUGGUCCAUCUUUUAUGCUGCGUUAAGGACUGCUAAGCAGUUUUCAAAAGACGACGUAAUGUUCGACGUUGCCUUCAAGGAUAGGGAUCCAUCAUCGGCCGAGCUUUACUGGACAUUAACCUUGCCAGGAAAGUGCGGGGGAGAGAACCAAUUGUACUUAUCUGACCUGGAAACUCGAGCUUUUUUGGCUUUACGAAGUUUACCACUUCCUGAAGAUGUUCAAGAUAACCCGUAUAUAUUUGCUAUGCCAAAGACAGGAACUUACAGGAAGACAAGUGAUGCAAAGAAUAUAUGCAGACAAGAAACGGGCAUUGCCAUUCCAGCGUCAAACAUUCAGAGACGGUUCCAUGCAACUAAAAACCUGCUCCUACCUCCGGAAGACCAGAAGCCCCUUGCACGAUUGAUGGGCCAUGGGGAAGAUAUUCAUCAAGAGAUUUAUGUCAAGGUUAAUGAUUUGGUUGGACGUAGAAUGGCCACAGUGGUCAGGACUGACCCGGAGAAUGAUAAGAGCAUAAUGGAAGCAAUUCAAGAGUUUCCAAUGGAUAAUGUUCAGGCAGAGUUUGGGUUACUGGAGGUCGAGGAUUGCGUAAUAAAUGAAGCAGGGGACGCGAUUGAAACCAAAUUUGAAGAUUCUGAUUCAGAUUACGAAGACGACUGGAGUGAAGAGAUUCUGAUGGAAAGGAAGAAGACCGCUGCUAGCUUUUCUGAUGUAGCUAAGAAGACUCCCCUGAGAAAACCUAAGACAAAGAACAGUAGACCUGAUGGUGAAUCCUCUGACGAUGAAGAUAGGGAAACUUUUGAUAGAGAUCCCCGGAGUAAACCUAAGAAGAAUCCAUAUUCAUCUGAAUACAAGGGGAAAGUACCCAAUCUACCCAUUCCUGACGUUACCCAAAAAAAAGAGGGCUUAUCUGGGGAAGAUCAAGUCUCAACCUCUGGACGAAAAAACUGGUCAUGUGAGAGAUGAAUGGAAAGAUUUAUUAAGAUUUACGCUCAACAUGAAGCUUCAGAAUGCCUCAAUUGCCACAAAGGCUGAUUUAAUGGAAUUGCAGAAAAAACACGGAAUUACAAAAAAUCUUGCAACAAACACGGAAAAGAUGCAAUAUUUUUUGAACGGAGUUGCGAAGAAUGUCCGAAACAAGAAAAAUCGAGAUAAAGAUUUCUUGAAAUGCUUGGGUAUUAUUUUCCACCCCUGUUUUUCUCAAUAUUUUUUUGCGUCUUUCCUUCUUUUCUAAAUGGAAAUGAGUAAUUUUUACUUUUUCUAGAAGCUGGCCAACUGUUCACCAGACUUUAAAAAAUAUUGCAAUAAAAUUACUCAAUCGUCCAUAGAAUUUUGAUUGUUUGAUUUAAUAUCUGAGAAAUUUAAUGAAAUGCCCAAAAAUUUCUUAGAAAUAUUAUGUUUGGUUUAAAAACCAUUUUUUUAACAAAUUCAAACCCCACGAAAACUCCUCAAAAGCUGUUGGAAAGUUUUAAAGGUGUGCUUUGGCCUAAACACAUAAAUUCUAAUUAGGUUCUUGAUUGUUUGUCUGACAAGUUGGGAAACCCUGGGCCGAUUUGCCUCAAAUUCUUAUAUUGGGUAACUCAGGAGUGCCACAGCAAUGAACUAAGCUUGGUUUUGAGAAACUGAGAUGAUUUGAGUUGACUUAUUUCGAAAAUUUAUUUCUACCAACUGUGAUAAACUGCAGGAGUAACUAUGAGUAAAACCUUGGCAAUGGUGGGUUCCCAGGCUAGUUAAUAUUUUUUUAUAAAAAUAGUUUUUUCCUAUGUUCUUAGAUAUUAAAACUUUCCAUCAGAAUAGGGAAGAAAAUGUAUUGCAAUAUUUAUGAAAACCCUGGUUGGCUGUUUGCUCAAUUUCAAUAUUAAAGAUGCUAAAUGUAGAAGAAUGAGUUUUUUAUUAGAAGUCCUUAAUUUUGAGAUUUAUUGUGAAUAUUUUAAUUUAUAACUACAGGAAGGGGUGGAAAAAAUGUACCUACCUAGACGACUAAUAAUUAUAUUACUAUCUGACCAGUAUAACCAGUAUAACCAGUGAAUUCAGUGCGUAUCCUGUGUAUCCUGUAUAUCCUGUGUAUCCUAUGUAUCCAGUGUAUCCUGUGUAUCCAGUGUACUGUGUAUCCAGUGUAUCCUGUGUAUCCUGUGUAUCUUAGUUACUGCAUUAUAUGAUCUUGGAGGAAGAUUUAAAUAAAUGAACCAAAACCAUUAUUUUUUACACUUUCUCCUAAUUUAUUUGUUACCAGUGGAACUGGCCCGUCAAUUUUAAUUUGUUUUUAUCUUGUGAAAAUUGUUCUAUUU